AGGAUGCCGGCGCAGUGCCCUGCAGGCCGCACGGUCCGGGCGGCCUCGGGCCCUUGCGCGUGUCGCCGCGCGGCGGGGCGGGCCCGGCGUGGAGGACAGAUGGAUGUGGGCGAGCUCCACGGAGCCGACGCGUGCGGCGGAGGCUGGAGGCCGGGCGCGGACGUCCUGCAGCAAGAGGAGUGGGACGGCUUGGUGGAGGAGGACCCAGGCAGCGCCCGGCAGAAGGCCACGGACCCGACGCCUGGCGGCGCGCCGCGCGAGAUCCCCAAGGAGAGCGCCGGCGGGAGCCAAGCCCCGCGCAGGGAUGGCCCUGCGGUUUCACCUCCUGCUCGUGUUGCGGGAAGCCAGCGUGACGCCCGGAGGUAAGGGGAACAAGUUCUCAUCGAACCCAGACCUCCUCGCCCUCCCGUCCUGAUUUUUUGUGUGUCUCGAGGGGGCCCGGGAAGGUCGCUUUUGCCUAGGGUCACUCCUGCGUACAGCCGAGUCGUGCCAGCUUGUGCGCAGGCGCUGCGCGGACGCACCCGCGGAGCCGCGGCGAGCCCCCCCUCGGGCGAGGUACUGCAGCUGACGGUCUGUUGCCACUGAUUACCGCGACAAUUCGCAGGCAGCUCGGUGCAUUCGCGUCGCAUGGAAAACGUCUCGUUAUGGUGUCCCCUGGCUCGGCAGCCCCACGGGGAAGGGUGGACAGUAUGGUGACCAUCGACGCUCCGCAGUGCGCAGACAUGCGCACAUGCAGCCUGCU